AUGGGCGGGUGGCGGGGAGGCUCGCGCCGCUUUCGCGGCAAAAAGGAUUUGGCGCGCAAAGGCGCGGCGGGGCUGGCGCGCCGAACAAUACGGCGGCGGGCGCGGAACCCAGCGGAGCGGAGCGGCCCCCGCACCCGGCAUGGGCCGCGCUCCUGCCCGCGCCCUGCCCGGCGCACCGCCCGCCGCCCCGGCGGCCAUGUGAGCCAUGGCGGCGGCGGCGGGCGGUGCGGCGGGGCUGGCGGCGCUGCUGGGCAGCGCCUCUCCGCACCUCCUUAUCGUCUCCGCCGCUGAAGAGCCCGCGGGGGGAGGCAACAACGACGCUGACCUCCUGCUCUUCGCCACGCCGCAGCCCGCCCGGCCCGGUGCCGCGCCGAGACGGCCUACGCUGGGCCGCCCGCCGGUGAAGAGGAAGCUGAAUUUGGAGACGGAUCACCAGUACAUAGCAGAGAGCCUGCCAGUGGGCCGGGGCAAGGCCAGGAACCCUGCUAAAGGGGUAAAGUCUCCUGGGGAGAAGUCUCGCUACGAAACCUCACUGAACCUUACCACCAAGCGCUUCCUGGAGCUGUUGAGCCAGUCGCCUGAUGGUGUGGUGGACCUCAACUGGGCAGCCGAGGUCCUGAAAGUGCAGAAGAGGCGCAUCUACGACAUCACCAACGUCUUGGAGGGCAUCCAGCUCAUCACCAAGAAGUCCAAGAACAACAUCCAGUGGCUGGGUAGCCAGGCCACUGUGGGGGCCCCUGGCCGGCACCGGCUGCUGGAGAAGGAGCUGCGGGAGCUGCAGGCGGCCGAGCGGCAGCUGGAUGACCUCAUCCAGACGUGCACAGUGCAGCUGCGCCUGCUUACUGAGGACCCUGCCAACCAGCACGCAGCCUAUGUGACCUGCCAGGAUCUCCGCAGCAUUGUGGACCCCUCGGAGCAGAUGGUGAUGGUUAUCAAAGCCCCCCCGGAGACUCAGCUGCAGGUCUCCGACCCGACGGAGGCUUUCCAGGUGUCUGUGCGAAGCACUCAGGGCCCCAUCGAUGUCUUCCUCUGCCCUGAGGACAGCUCGGGGGUCUGUAGCCCUGUCAAGAGCCCCUUCAAAGCCCCUGCAGAGGAGUCGUCUCCCAGCCAUUCACAGCCCAGAGCCUCCCCGCUCCUGCAUUCCGCCCAGGACGUGAACAUGCCGCUGCUGCCUGGAGAGCAAGAAACACUGCUGCCGGGGACGAGCACACUGCCCAGCAAGUGCCCAGCAGAGGAGGUGAGCCUUUCACCGCUGGCCUCCAUGGACGCCCUCCUGGAGCAGAGCAGGGAGGAUUUUUCAGGUUUUCUGGCGGACGAGUUCAUCAACCUGUCACCGCCACAGGCACAGGACUACCACUUUGGCCUGGAGGAGGGUGAGGGCAUCAGUGAGCUUUUUGACUGCGACUUUGGGGACUUCACGCCCUUGGACUUCUGAGGCUCUGCCUGGGUGCUCGCAGGGGAGCUGCCAGGCGGGAGUGGGGGCACCCCUGGGCUCCUGCCCUCGCGGGCAGGGCAGGCAGCCCCUCCUGCUGCACCACCCGCAGCUCUUCUCCCCAUCCCUUUUUGCAAUAUUUUCUUCUUACCCCUCCAGCCCCCCCAGCCCGGGUGGGGGACGGCAGCAUCCCCAGCUCCAGCCUCACAAAGGGGAUGCUAAGGUGGUGGUCCUAUCUCAAGGGACCCCCCGCAGGGCCUUGAUCGGGGAGGGGGCUGCCCAGGUUAGAGCCGCUCCCCCCCAGGUGCCCGUUACAGAGCUUUAAGCAGUCCUGUGUAUAGAUGUGGUUAAUUUAUUAUUGUCCCCUGGGGACAGCGUUUAAUUUCCAUGGGUGUUUUUUUGGGGGGGGUGGGCCAUGCAGCAGAGUGGGAGUGCCAAGAGGUUUUGUUGUGUUGGGAAGGGGGUGGUGGAGUUGCAGGGGGGGUGCUGGGUAAGGGCUGUCAACCUCUGUGUGGGGGGCUGCCCGCAGCCCAGCUGAGCGUUGGGUAUUUAUUUAUUAUUUAUGGCAUGUGGGAGCUCUCCUGGGACACAGGGGGGGCAGGAUGGAGUUGGGGGACGAUGCUGGUGGGGCGGGACAUAAAGGGUCCCACCAGGGGCUCACCAGCACGUCCUGGCUUUGCUGGUGGCCACAAUGGGGCUGCCAGGGAGGCCACUGUGGUGGCAGGUAGCUGCGGGAGCGGGGCUGGGGCUGCUGGCCCCGGUACCGUGUGUGUGCGUGCCCCCGCCGGGGGGUGCAGAGGUGGCCGGGGUGGGGGGGAUGCAUUUCUGCAGGCAAGGUCCCAGUGCUGUCUCCAGGCUUUUAUUCCCCUCCCCAUGCAGCCAUUCAGCCUUUCAGCUUUGUCUCCCCCUCUCUGGCCCACUGAGGCUGGGGGGGGGGGGGGGGGGGGGGGCUCCCAGGGCUCCCUGGGGCCAGGCUGGAGACGCACUUUCACUUUUACUGCCUUUUAACAAGCUUGUGUUCCUCUGAGCUUCGUGUUUAAUAAAGGUUUCUACUGACUCUG